GAGGGGACUAUACAAAUAGUGAAGAAAUCUGAUUAGUGAGUUAGUAGGACUGAGCCAGACCCAGAGCACCAUCACGGUGUCUCCACCUUGCUCACGGAGAGACACAUUGACCAGAAGAUCCUGGAACUCACCAACAAGAUCAUUCAGCAGCUGACUGGAGAGGAGGAGGAGUAUAUAGAGGAACACAGGGGUCUGUAUAAUGACGUGAUGAUGGAUAAUCACCAACCCCUCACAUCACAAGCAGAACUACGAAAAAAUCCAUCUGCUCAUAAUGAGGAUGAACCAGUCUCAUGUGAUGGAGGAAUCCUCACAGACAGUGACAUUUAUACACCCACAGAUCAUAUACAGGAUACAGCUACUCAUAUUAUGGAGGAACCAGUCUCAUGUGAUGGAGGAACCCUCAUAGACACCAACAUCUAUACACCCACAGAUCAUACACCGUAUACAGCUACUCAUAUUAAGGAGGAACCAGUCUCAUGUGAUGGAGGAACCCUCAUAGACACCAACAUUUAUACACCCACAGAUCAUACACCGUAUACAGCUACUCAUAUUAAGGAGGAACCAGUCUCAUGUGAUGGAGGAACCCUCAUAGACAGUGACAUUUAUACACCCACAGAUCAUACACAGUGUACAGCUACUCAUACUGAGGUGGAACCAAUCUCAUGUGAUGGAGGAACCCUCACAGACACUGACAUUAAUACAUCUAUAGAUCAUACACAACAUAAAUCUACUUAUAUUGAGGUGGAACCAGGAUCUACAUCUAGUUUUGGAAAUCACACAGGAGAGAAACCAUAUUCUUGCUCUAAAUGUGGUAAAUGUUUCACCAGAAAAAUACACCUGAAACAUCACCUAAGAAGUCACACAAGAGAGAAACCAAAUUCGUGCUCAGAAUGUGAAAAAUCUUUUCGCUUUAAAUCAGAUCUAAACAGGCAUCUGAGAAUUCACACAGGAGAGAAGCCAUAUUCUUGCUCUGAAUGUGGGAAAUGUUUCACCAGACAAUCACACCUGAAAGACCACCUAAGAAGUCACACAGGGGAGAAUCCUUGCUCACAAUGUGGAAAAUGUUUUGUCAGUAAGUCAUAUCUGAGAGUACAUCAGAGACUCCAUACAGGAGAGAGUACUCAUUCCUGCCCAGAAUGUGGGAAAUGUUUCAACAGACAAUCACACCUGAAAGAUCACCUUAGAAGUCACACAGGGGAGAAGCCAUAUUCCUGCUCAGAAUGUGAGAAAUCUUUUAGUUAUAUAUCAGAUCUAAGGAAGCAUCAGAAAAUCCACACAGGGGAGAAGCCAUAUUCCUGCUCUGAGUGUGGGAAAUGUUAUACUAGGAAUGAAGAUCUGAAAAAGCAUCUGAGAACCCAUACAGGAGAGAAACCAUAUUCCUGCUCUGAGUGUGGGAAAUGUUUUACCUGUGCAUCAAGCCUGAAGAGACAUGAGCGCUUCCAUACUGGAGAGAGACCACAUGCGUGCUCUGAGUGUGUGAAAUGUUUUACCACUAGUCAGCAACUUCUUAUACAUCAGAGACUCCACACAGGAGAGAAGCCAUAUUCCUGCUCUGAGUGUGAUCAGUGUUUUGCUAGGAAAGAAGAACUACAAAACCAUCAGAUGCUCCACACAGGGGAGAACCCAUAUUCCUGUUCUGAGUGUGGCAAAUUCUUUACUACUGCGUCAAAUCUGAAAGAUCAUAAAAGAGUCCACACAGGGGAGAAACCGUAUUCCUGCUCUGAGUGUGGGAAAUGUUGCAGAACUAGAUCAAGUCUUGUUGUACAUAAGAGAGUUCACACAGGGGAGAAACCAUAUUCUUGCUCUGAGUGUGGGAAAUGUUUUGGCAGUAAGUCAUAUCUGAGAGUGCAUCAGAGACUCCAUACAGGAGAGUCUCCUCAUUCCUGCCCAGAAUGUGGGAAAUGUUUCACCAGACAAUCACACCUGAAAUAUCACCUAAGAAGUCACAACUAAACUACACUUUGCAGAACUUGACUUCCAAGUGGGUUUCCUUCAUAUUUAACCACUUAACUGGCAUGGUCAGAUCACGUGUCCCCCAGUUUUUGACAUGGAGAUCCAUUUUGGAGAUGUGCAUAAUAUAAUAUUGAAAUAGUUUUUAAAAAUACUUUGAAAAUUAUAUUAAAUAAAAAAGAAAAAAACAACUAUAUGAACGGUUUUGAAGGGAAAAAAAUCGUCAGUUAAGUGAUUUAAUGACUCCAAGUUGGUGUUGCGCAGAUGUCCUUACUGAUACCUGAGCCUUUUUUGCCGCAUGACAUCAAUAUUGUCGUAGCUGAGCGAAUACAGAGGACUUCGGUACCUUUGCUCUUUGUUCUGAAUAAUGAAGAUAAAUAAUUUUAUUAUCCAUCUUCCAAUGGUUUGUUCAGUUAUUUAUUUAUUAAAAGUUUCUUAUAUAGCACAGCAAAUUCCUUUGCGCUAUACAAUAACAAAUUAAAACAAUUUGUAACAAUGGUGAAAAAAGACAGUCAUAGAGGUAGGAAGGCCCUGAACAUAAGCUUACACUCUACAGGGAGGUAGUCAUUGGUACACAAGGAUAAGUGUUAUCUAUUACCUAAAGGUCCACCAGAUUGGGAAGGUUCUUGGUGGGCUGUAUGAUAUGGUCACACAGUGAUGUUGGCCAGGGGUCAGGAGCAUGGGAAAUUGAAGAACAGGAAAAUAUGUGGAGGAUAUGAGUGGGCUCUACAGUAGGGAAGUAAUUGGAUAGUAAAGAUUAUGAAGGUUAUGUGGGCGGUUUUGUAAUAUGAUAAUCUUGCCUGAAGAGGUGAGUUUCCAGGGAGCGCUUGAAGGAUUGGAGACUAGAGAAACGCCUUAUUGUGUGUGGUAGGGCUUUCCACAGAGUGGGUGCAGCCCAAAGAAAGUCCUGCAAUCUUGAGUGGGAGCGAAUAAUCAAUGUUAAUGAUGAAAGCUGUAGAUCUUGUGAAGAGCGAAGAGGUCGGGUUGUGAGGUAGUUUGAGAUAAGCAAAGAGAUGUACAUUGGUGUAGUUUGGUUAAUGGCCUUGUGUGUGAGUAAAGGUAUUUUAUAUUGAAUACGGUAGAAUACAGGUAACCAAUGGAGGGACUGACAGAGCAACUCUGCAUAUAAGGAACAUCUAGCGAUCUAAGGUUAGCCUCACAGCUGCAUUCAGAAUGGAUUGUAGUGGUGAGAGUCUCUUUUUGAUAAGACCAGUGAGAUGACUAUUCAAUAAUCAAUGCGGUAGAUAAUUAGAGCAUGGAUUAGUAAGUCAUCAGACUUACACCCGGGGGAGUGGAGCCUCCCACAGGUAUUUUGGCAGAUCACCGAUCUGUGGGGCUGCCCACAGAUCGACUUGAUGGCAGCUCGGCUCAACAAGAAACUUAGCCGGUAUUGUUCGAGGUCCAGGGACCCGCAGGUGGUAUCAGUGGAUAUACUGACAACCCUGUGUCCUUACAGGUUGGUCUACCUGUUUCCUCUGAUUCCUUUGCUCCCGAUGGUGCUAAAGAGAAUCAGGCAUCAGAGUCCAGGCAAUUCUGAUUGCCCCAGACUGGCCUCGGAGGGCUUGGUACGCGGAUCUUCAUGUUCAUCGAGGACCCUUGGCCUCUGUCAAUGAGAAGAGAUCUUCUGCAACAAAGACCGUUUGUCUACCCGGACUUACGGCGGCUUCGUUUGAUGGCAUGGCGGUUGAGCGGAACAUCCUAGCUCGAAAAGGCCUUUCCAAAAGGGUUAUCGCAACCAUGGUUCAGGCCAGAAAAUCUGUGACGUCAAAGCACUAUCAUCAUACCUGGAGGAGAUAUGUCUCUUGAUGUAAAGAGCGCAAGUAUCCUCCAGCGGAUUUUCACUUGGGACGUAUCUCAUGUUUCCUCCAGCCUGAAGUGGAUAUGGGCUUGCCUAUUGGUUCUCUUAAGGUCCAGAUUUCAGCCCUCUCAAUUUUUUUCCAGAAUAAGUUGGCAGUGUUGAUAGAAGUUCAGACCUUCUUGCAGGGCAUUCUUUGUAUACAGCCUCCCUUUGUGCCACCAACGGCACCAUGGGAUCAGAGUGUGGUAUUGGAAUUUCUACAGUCCUCCUGGUUUGAACAGUUAAGGAUGGUAGAAGACAAGUACCUCACAUGGAAGAUGUUGUUAAUGACCCUAGCUUCUGCUAGGCGUGUCUCAGAAUUUGGGGCCUCAUCCUGUAAAAGUCCAUACUUGGUCUUUUAUGAAGACAAAGCAGAGCUCCGGAGUAUGCAGCAGAUCCUGCUGAUGGUUGUCUCUGCGUUUCAUCUGAACCAACCUAUUGUGAUUCCAUCAGGUACUGGCAUUUCUGACCCUCCGGAGGCGUUGGAUGCUGCGCGAGCUUUGAAGAUCUACAUCAAGAGGACGGCUCAGUUUACAAAAAACGGAUUCCCUAUUUGUGCUUUAUGAUGCGCAGAAAAAGGGUUACCAUGCUUCUAAGCAGUCCAUUGCCUUUUGGAUUAGGCCGACUAUCCAACAGGCCUAUGUGUCGGCAGCCUUAACUGUUCCAUAGUCUCUGAAGGCCCACUCUACAAGAUCAGUGGGGUCUUCCUGGGCGGCUGCACGUGGAGUUUUGGCCUUGCAACUAUGCCAAGCUGCUACCUGGUCGGGGAAGAACACCUUUGUGAAGUUCUACAGGUUUGAUACGCUGGCCAAAGAGGAUACCCAGUUUGGGCAGUGGUGCUGCAGACGUCUCCGCACAUUCCCGCCCAUUCUGGAAGCUUUGGGACGUCCCCAUCGUACUAAGAACCCAGUAUCCCUUAUGGAUGCUAGAAAAAAUAAAAUUUUAAUUACCUACCGGUAAAUCCUUUUUUCAUAGUCCCAUAAGGGAUACUGUUCGCCCGCCUCAGUGCUUGACUUGUCUGCAGGUUUUUUCUUUUGUAAAAGUUUACCUGUUCAGCUGUUGCUGUUUUUGUUGUUACCAGCUGUUGCUAGUCAGUUAAGUUGUGAUGUGCUGGUGUAAAUCUCACCACUCGUUAUUGUUCUGUUCCUUCUCUCAGGUAUAUCCAUUCUCCUUUGGGCACAGUUUUACCUAGACUGGCUGUAGGAAGGGACAUAGAGGGGAGGAGCCAGCACGCCCAGUUGAAGAAAUUUAAAGUGCACCGGCUCCUUUGGACCUCAUCUAUACCCCAUUGUACUAAGACCCCAGUAUCCCUUAUGGACUACGAGAAAAGUAUUUUCCAGUAGGUAAUUAAAACCCUAUUUUUGUAUAACCCAACCCUGACUUGUACUUCUCAACAACUUUGUCCCUGACUUGUUUGGAGAGCUCCUUGGUCUUCAUGGUGUAGUGGUGUUGCAGCCUUUGGGGCCAUUCAGCAAAGUUGUGUUUAUACUGACAGAUCAUGUGACACUUGAUUGCACACAGGUGGACUUUAUUUCACUAAUUAUGUGACUUCUGAAGGUAAUUGGUUGCACAAGAACUUUUGAGGGGCUUCAUAGCAAAGGGGGUGAAUACAUAUGCACAUGCCAAUUUUCAAAUUUUUAGUUAUAAAAAUUAUUUUAUAUACAUUUUUCUCAUUUCGACUAUUUUGUGCAGAUACAUCACAUAAAAUUCAGAUGAAAAAACAUAAAAAUUAAAUUACAGGUUGUAAUGUAACAAUCGGUAAAAAGCCAAGGUGGUGAAUACUUUAGCAAGGCACUGUACCGUGAACUUUUCCCUACAAUGUCUGUACUGUAAGUCGCUGUGUUCUUUGUUUUGCUCAUUGGUUUAUGUAGUUUGUUAUGCGCUGCGGAACCCUUGUGGCGCCAUAUAAGUAAACAAUAAUAAUGAGAGAGACCUUAUUAAUCCAGUAUGAAGGUUUAUUUAUGGUGAGCAUAUGAAAUUGAAUCCAAGAGUUAUAUCUAAAAAUCCUAAAUGUAGCUUAUGUAUCAUGGGUGCAGUAAAGCUUGUCUGCUGAAGGAAGCAUGAAGUGCUCUAAAAUGUCCUGGUAGAUGGCUCUGUUGACUCUGGUCUUAAUAUAGAACAGUGGACCAACACCAGCAGAUGACAUGGCUCCCCAUAUCAACAUAUACUGUGGAAACUUUACACUGGACUUCAAGCAUCUUGGAUUGUGUGCCUCUCCUCCCUUCCUCCAUACUCUGAGACCUUGGUUUCCAAAUGAGAUGCAAAAUUUGCUCUUAUCUGAAAAGAGGACUUUGGACCACUGAGAAACAGACCAGUUCUUUUAUUCUUUAGCCCAGGUAAGACGCUUCUAACGUUGUUUGUUGUUCAAGAGCAGCUUGACAACAGACGGAGAUGUUAACUUCAUUUUCCAGUAGGACUUGGCACCUGACCACACUGCCAAAAGUACCAAAACCUGGUUCAAUGACCGUGGGAUUACUGUGCUGGAUUGGCCAGCAAACUCACCUGACCUGAACCCCAUAGAAAAUCUACGGGGCAUUGCAGAAAGAUGAGAGACAUGAGACGGAACAAUGCAGAAGAGCUGAAGGCCGCUAUUGAAGCAUCCAGGUCUUCCAUAACACCUCAGCAGUGCCACAGGCUGAUAGAAUCCACGCCAUGCCGCAUUGAGGCAGUAAUUCAUGUAGAAGGGGCACAAACCAAGUACUGAGUACAUAGGCAUGAUUAUACUUUUCAGAGGGCCGACAUUUCUUUCUGUAAAAUACUUUUUUUAUUGAUUUUAUGUAAUAUUCUAAUUUUCUAAGAUUUUGGAUUUCGGGUUUUCUUAAGCUGUAACCCACAAUCAUCAAAAU